UAUGAAUUGGACGGUCUAGUACGUGUGAAAGGCCGUGGUGAGCCGGAAACUGUACAUCGAGCAACACAAACAUCAUGCCAUCGUCUGGAUGGUUCCUAUGUGAAUCAUGUGGUCAGCAUCGAUUCGGUAGAAUGGCGUGCUCCGGAUUAUGUGAUACAUCGUUUUAAGAACGGCGAUACUAAAGUACGCUUGAAACUGAUUGAUACGAGCAUUUCGAUGCUGGUCAUGGAUGUUGGUACCGUGAAGCAUCUAUCGAUGUCGGGAAGAGGACAGUUCCCGAAAUAUUGCGUAGAAUGGGGUACCGUUGCCCGGAAAAGAUCCAGAGUGAUCGCUUCUUCACAGCCUCGUGUACUUAAUCAGUUGUAA